CCGGAAGUUACCCGUAAGACUAAUGAUGUAACACCUGGAAAGUUCCGGAACAGGCAGCCUAAGGUCGAGAUAUAUCUGCUACCGAGUGUGGCUGUUUAGUAUAACACUUAACUUUAUCAGUCAGCGACAAAGACACGAACAACUUGAAAAUGCCAAGAGGAAGCAGAAGCCGGACAUCAAGGAUGGCCCCUCCAGCCAGCCGGGCUCCACCACCGCCUAUGGCUAGGGCUGCACCUCCUCCUUCCUACGCCCCUGCUCCAAUGCAAGCUCCACCAUCAGCGAUGGGUGCUCCAGCCGCAGCACCCAGGCAGCCAGGUAUGUUUGCCCAGAUGGCGACAACAGCUGCCGGAGUAGCAGUGGGCUCUGCAGUCGGGCACACUAUCGGCCAUGCCAUGACAGGAGGCUUCGGUGGAGGACACUCUGAGCCUGCCAAGCCUGACGUCACAUAUCAGGAGCAAUACCAGCCCCAGCCCCAGCCCAUGUACCAGCAACAGCCGCAGUCCAUGAUGUACCAGCAGGAAGCCCCCCAGCAGCAGCAGGCGUGCUCCUAUGAGCUCAAACAGUUCAUCGAGUGUGCCCAAAACCAGAGUGACCUCAAACUCUGUGAGGGCUUCAGUGAGGUGCUCAAACAGUGCAAGUUUGCAAAUGGUAUGUCAUGAGAAAGAAACCCUUGGGACGCACAAACCGACCUUUGCAACAACACAGAAAACCAAGACAACCUAGUUUAUAAGUGAUCAAUAACCAUGUUUUAUCUUGACUGCUGAUUACCAACAGACAACAUCUUUGUAGUCAUAUCUCAGGACAGUGCUGCAGAGCUUGUAAAUCUUGUCUUAUAAAUAAUGUUUAUAUAUUUUGGUGUUGCAUGCUUUGAUUUGAUUCCAACUGUUUUCUUUAGUGCUUUUAAUUUAUAGUUCCACCCAUAUGUGCACUGCAUUUGUAGAACAGAAUAACUUGUAAAACCAUCAGUCUGAACCUUCUGGAUGAGUCCAGUCAAGUUUAAAAUAAUAAAGCACUCAAACAAUAAAA